CAACGGGAGAUGGCGGAGCCGGGUGGCCCGGCCGGCGGGUCUGAGCCAGAAGGUGAAUCAACUGCUGAAGGAGAGAAGGACCAGAAUAAUGAAGGCGGGGACCAGAGUGUUGAAGGCGACAGGAUCCCACCAACAGAGAGGAGCAGUGACCAGAACGAUGACGAGGCUGUCGAUGCCGCAAAGCUUUCUGAAGACGAUGAGAAAGUCACAACUGAAGGAGAACCAAGAUUGAGGGGAGAAGUCGAAAGUGUUGAAGAAGUGGAGACAGAAGAGGAAUUUGAAUCUGAAGGAGAGUUCGAAUCCGAUAUGGAAGGCACAUCACCCGAAGGGAAAGUCAGUUCUAUGGAUCUGGCUUCUUUAUACAAAAGUCCUGCGGAGAUGCCCAGAGAGGAAGCGGGCCCCACAUACCUGUACGAACAUGUGGGCGGGGAAGCUGUUCCUGAAGACAGAGGAGCCCCCGGUCUGUCAGAAUCCGGAGAACCAAGGGACAUCUCCGCACAGCCAUCCCUGCAAGGCUUGGGCUUAUCCGAGCAAAUAGGCCGGGAUGCUUCCAGACCCCAGACUAGCACGUCGAAAUCCUCGCACGAAGAGCUCCAGCAAAAAGUCUUCCCUCUGGGGACACGACACCAUCUCCGACUGAGCCAGGGAAGUAGCAUCACGUCCUUGGACUUUGACGAGCUGCUCUUGAGCACGAAAGAACCCUUCACGCAGGAGCCAGGUGUCCCCCCUGAGGAGCCUGAUGCCGAGCCCGAGGGAGAGGCCGUGCCCGCCUUCCUGGACCAGAUCCAGCAGCUAAGCCCUCCCAAGGAGGAGACUGUAGACGGAACAGAGUCCGAGGGCAGCGACGAGGCGGAGGAAGACAGAACCCCUCUGGUGGUUCUGGACCCAGACCACCCCCUGAUGGUAAGGUUCCAGGCUGCCCUGAAGAACUAUCUCAGCCGACAGAUACAGAAGCUGAACCUGGAACUUCAAGAGCUGGGCGCGGCCACCAAGCAAAGCCGGGUCCAGCGGCAGGAGCUGGGGGUGCAUCUGUACGGGGUCCAGCAGCACCUGGCCCGCCUGCAGAUGCAGCUGGAGAAGAGCCACGACCGGCACUCGAUGGCCGCCUGCGCCAGGCGACAGAAGGAGGAGGAGCUGCGGGCCGCGCGCCAGCUCUACGCCCAGACCUGCCAGAACGCCAACGGCGAGCGCAAGAAGCUGGCGGCUCUGCAGGCCGAGCUGGAGGGCCUGGCUCUGCACCUUUUCUACCUGCAAAACAUAGACCAGGACGUGCGUGACGACAUCCGCGUGAUGAAGCGGGUGGUGAAGAAGUCGGAAGUGGAGCGGACGCGGGCCGAGUUGGAGAAGAAGCAGCAGGACCUUCACGUGGACCAGCUCACCAGCAAAGCCAACCAGCUGGAGGAACAAAUCGCCCUGUUGGAGGCUCAGAGCUGCGCCCAGGCCGAGGACACCCGGGCUCUCAGGAAAGCAGUGAGCGAGGCCUGCACGGAGAUAGACGCCAUCCACGUGGAGAAAAGGCACAUCGUGCAGCAGUGGGUCGCCUGCCUGGUGGGCAUGAAGCACCGGGACGAGGCGCACAGGACCAUCCGGGAGGCGCUCAGCGAGUGCCAGCACCAGAUCGCGUCCAUCGACGGUGAGAUCGAGGCCUACAAGAAAUCCAUCGUGAAGGAGGAGGAGAAGAAUGAGAAGCUGGCCGGCGUCCUGAACCGCACGGAGACGGAGGCCAGCCUGAUGCAGAGGCUGACCACGCAGUGCCUGGCCAAGCAGCAAACCCUACAGAACGAGCUCAACACCUACCAGCUGGUGCUGCAGGACACCGAGGCCGCGCUGGGCCAGGCCCACGUGGAGUACGCGACGGCCACGGGCGAACUGCAGACCGUCCACCAGACCAUCCAAAGCGAGCUGGAGGAGAAGAGGAGGACAGAUGCCUCCGUCGCGGAGAAGCUGCAGGAACACAUUACCUCCAACAAGAUGACCAAGUGCCUCCACAAGCUCAUCCUGAAGCUCCAGAAGGAAAAGACCAACCUGGUGACACAUCUCUCCAAAACUGACGGCAACGUUGCCCAGACCACCCUGGACAUCACGAACACCAACUGCAGGCUGGACGCCCAUCAGAAGACUCUGGCCGAGCUAGACAAGGAGGUGAAAAAAGUCAAUGACCUCAUCACCAACAGCGAGAACGAGAUCUCCAGACGCACGAUCCUGAUCGAGAGGAAGCAGGGCCUCAUCAACUUUUUCAAUAAGCAGCUGGAACAGAUGGUCUCCGAGCUGGGGGGAGAAGAAGUGGGGCCUCUGGAGCUCGAAAUCAAGCGGCUGACCAAGCUGAUCGAAGAGAACAACAGCAGCGUGACACAGGCCCAGGUGACCUGGCUGCGCCUGCAGCAGGAGAUGGUCAAGGUCACCCAGGAGCGGGAGGAGCAGCUGGCUUCCCUGGAUACGCUCACGAAGGAGGUCCACAUCCUGGAGCAGUUGAAACUGCGCAUAGAAAACAAGAUCGAUCAGGAGAAGAAGGAGCAAAGGGAGAUUGAGUGCCACAUAAGGGGCCUGGAAAACGAGCUGAGGAAGAUCAACGUGCUGGCAAACAGGAGUCGGUGCAGCUCCGAGGAGCUACAGCAGAACAACCUGGUGACCGAGAAGGACUUCGUGGGCUCCCUGAAGGCCUCGGAGAGGGAGACCAUCGAGAUGCAGGAGAGGUUGGACCAGCUCCAGGCGGAGAAGGCGGCCACGCUGAACAGCCUGGUGGAGGCGGAACACCAGAUCAUGCUUUGGGAGAAAAAAAUCCAGCUUGCGAAAGAGAUGCGUGCAUCGGUGGAUUCCGAGACGGGCCAGACGGAGAUCCGAGCCAUGAAGGCGGAGAUCCACAGGAUGAAGGUCAGGCACGGGCAGCUGCUGAAGCAGCAGGAGAAGAUGAUCCACGACAUGGAGCUGGCCAUCGCCCGCAGAGAGACCAUCUCCACCCAGGCCGAGGGGCAGCGCAAGACGGACAAGAAGCUGCUCACCCGGACGGACUUCCACCGCAAGCAGACAGAGCUGCGACGCAAGAUCAGGGACGUUCACAAGGCCACCGAGGAGUGCACCAAAGCCAUCUCGGAACUGGAAGAAACGCAAAAGCACAUGAGCAACUCCCUCCUGGAGAAGCAAGAGCAGCUGUCAAAGAUGCAGUCCAGGACCGACGAGCUCGAGGCCAGCCUGGGCCAGCUCCUGGCCCUCAAGCAACAGAACCUCUCGGAGCUGGUGGCCCUGCAGACGCGCCUCAAGCACCUCCAGGCGGUGAAGGACGGCAGGUACGUGUUCCUGUUCCGCUCCAAGCAGUCGCUGCUGGCGGAGCACAAGCGCUUGGACAACCGGCUGGCCGUCAUCAGCACCAUCCUCCACCACGUGAAGGACGAGUACCCCCAGUUCCAGGAGGCCCUGCUCAAGGUCAGCCAGAUGAUCGCCAGCAAGCUCGAGCCAUCUGGGUCCUCCUAGAGAGCAGCCGGGACCUCCCCCCAGCCUGCUCCCAUGGAAGAGAGCAGAAUUUUGUGUAUGAUCAGGGACUUAGAACGUUCGUGUCACCGAAAGCCACGUCCACCCUCAGAGAGGUCCUUUAAGACGAAUAGGCAGGCCAGCAUGGCGUGAUUCUUUCAGCCACCAGCAAUUUCCACUAAGGCCAUCCCCACCCCACCCCCCUCCCGCUACGUUUCCGGUGGCAUUUCAGAGGUGGGGUGUCUCCCACCCCGCGCUGGACUCGAGGUCCAAGCGGCGCCCGGGUUCGGGGAGGCUCCCGCCUCCGCCCUUGACAGGCCUGCUCACCGUCACGGUCCAGGGUGCGGGGUGCAGCGGGAGCGCCCCACGGAGAGCGCGGGUGGGACGGGCGCCCCCAGGACGCACCUGCCCUGCGCCUCCCCAGCGGCCCCCGCCCUAAAAGGGCCUACGAAACAAUUUCGCUUUCCAACUUUUCAGCGAAAAAUAAAACUUUUUCUGAAUAUGGGGGAAAGGCGUAUUUCUCCGGG